CUUCUUCUUAAUCUGUUCGUGUCGCUUUGGAGCCAUCAUUAGGAUCAGCGGAUUGAUCUUUGAAGGACUCAAGUAAUAUCAAAAUGACUUUCGUCAAAGUUGUCAAGAAUAAGGCCUAUUUUAAACGAUUUCAAGUCAAAUACAAGCGCAGACGAGAGGGUAAAACCGAUUACUUCGCACGAAAGCGACUAUGCACGCAAGACAAGAACAAGUAUAACUCACCGAAAUAUCGUAUGGUUGUUCGAUUAACAAACAAAGAUGUAAUUUGCCAGAUUGCAUGUGCUAAGUUGGAGGGCGACGAAAUUUUUUGUGCUGCGUACUCUCACGAGCUUCCGCGUUAUGGAAUCAAAGUUGGUUUAACUAAUUACGCCGCUUGUUAUUGUACCGGAUUAUUGCUCGCUCGAAGGGUUUUAACAAAAUUGAACUUAGCCGAUAAAUAUGUUGGUGUGGAAGAGCCCGACGGAGAAGACUUUGAAGUUGAAGAACCAGAUGAAGGUGCUAGAGCUUUCCGUUGCUUUCUGGAUGUUGGAUUAGCUCGAACUACCACCGGGGCACGUAUAUUCGGCACGUUGAAGGGUGCCGUAGACGGUGGCCUAAAUAUACCUCAUCAGCAUAAGCGUUUUCCAGGGUAUGAUAACGAAAGUAAAUCAUAUGAUGCUGGAGUACAUCGGGACCGCAUCUUUGGAUGUCAUGUAGCUGAUUAUAUGCGACAGCUCCAAGGGGAAGAUGAGGAGGCCUACAGGUCACAAUUUUCACGUUUUAUCAAAAAUGGUAUUACAGCAGAUUCGGUCGAGGAAAUGUAUAAGAGUGCACAUUCUGCUAUCAGAGCUAACCCUGCACCGCUUGCUAAGAAAGAAAAGAAAGUAGCUCACAAGAGGUUCAAUGAAAAGAAAUUAACCUUAGAACAACGUAAGGAGAGGGUAGCACAGAAGAAAGCUGCUUUCUUGCAAAGUUUAGGUGCAGGAGACGAAUCGUAA